GCAUGGCCUGCGUUCCUGUGCGCUCACGGGUGUCCACCCCGGCCAGGUCCCGACGCCUGCUUUCGUGUGGACCCACAGCUGUAUGAGUGCGAGGCCCCGGCGUGGUGCCUGCGGCCCACACAUUUCCUCGCGGGCAAGGUUUUCUAUCAGAUGUUCCACAGUAAUAAUGCUGGAGUUAAGAAGUCUUCAUUCCUUUCCUCCAAAUCAGAGCAGUUUGUUCUCUGUGUAUAGAAAUGGAGUAAUGUUUAAAAACAACUGGCAACUGGUAGGUGUUUAAAACUGAAGAUUAUAAUGACCUAAGCUCUAUGCUGAAGUAAGAUUAAUUGCAAUGCAAAUACCAAUUUGGGGCAAUCCAAAUCUAUUACUGGAACAUGAAAGUUUUGUUGGUGUUUGACUUUGACAAUACAAUCAUAGAUGAUAAUAGUGACACUUGGAUUAUACAAUGUGCGCCAGGCAAAAAGCUCCCUGUUGAGCUACAGGAUUCUUAUCAAAAAGGGUUUUGGACAGAAUUCAUGGGCAGAGUCUUUAAGUAUUUGGGAGAUGAAGGCGUAAAAGAAGAUGAAAUUAAAAGAGCAGUGACAUCAAUACCUUUCACCUCGGGGAUGAUAGAACUUUUCAACUUUAUAAGAAUUAAUAAGGAUAAAUUUGACUGCAUCAUUAUUUCAGACUCAAAUUCAGUCUUCAUAGAUUGGGUUUUAGAAGCUGCCAAUUUUCAUGAUGUCUUUGAUAACAUGUUUACAAAUCCAGCAGCUUUUAAUAGCAAUGGUCAUCUCACUGUAGAAAAUUGCCAUGCUCAUUCUUGCAAUAGGUGCCCACUUUGCAAAAAUGUAGUUCUGGUAGAAUUUGUAGAUAAACAAUUACAACAGGGAGUGAGUUAUGCACGAAUUGUGUACAUAGGUGAUGGUGGAAAUGACAUUUGUCCAGUAACCUUUUUAAGUAAGAAUGAUAUUGCCAUGCCACGGAAA